AUGGCGGGGCUGGGGGAGAGGGGGAAGAGGAGGACGGCGCGGGGGGGGCGCGCACACGAAGGGGCGGCCUCCGCGCCCUCAGAGCCACGCCGGGCUUCCCCCCUCGCCGCCGGGCAAGGGCACGGCGCUGGGCACGCCGCUGUCGGAGGGGGAGGAGGGUCAGGCUUUCGCCCCCGGGGCGGAGGCGGCUGCGGGGCAGCGUCUCCGCGCGGGACGGGGCCCGCCCGGGCCGGUCACACGCGGCGGGCCCGUGGUGGGGAGAGGCGCCCCGGCCCUCGCCGGGGGCCCCGGGGGGGCUACGGAGGCGCCUCCCGGGGCGGGGAGAGCAUGCGCUGCCGAGGGAAGGAGGACGGGAGGCUCCCGGGCCUCCGCCAGCCCCUCGCCCAGGCGCGGGGAGGCCGGAGAGCGCGGCCCGCGGGUCCGGCGGGAGCCAGGCCCGGGGGGGGAACUGGAGUUUCGCAGCCAGCGGCGGCGGGUGGGAGGGAGAAGCUCGGGCAGCAGCAGCGACGGAAAGACAAAAUGGCUGCUGCACAAGAGGAAGUGAGGUCAGAAGCCCGCGCGCAUGAGAGGGGGCGGGGAAGGGGCGUGCGCUCAGGGAAGGCGCAGCACGCAGGGGGAACAAGGCCGCCAUCUUGGGACCGGGCAAUGGAGGGGCCGGGCGGAAGGCUGCGGGCGGCCAUCUUAGAGGCGGGCAAAGGCUGCGAGGGCGGGCGGGGCCGUGCCGCUGGAAACAGGGAACGCUCCUAA